UUUUAAUUUUCGGUUUAUCGUGCUUGUAUCUGUCUACUUCGCAUAUUUAAGAAUUCAUUAAGAAAUAAUGACGAAAUCAAUUAUUUGAUUGAAUAUGAUGAAUUUAAGGGUUUCAAAAAUAAUAAUUAUUUUAAUUAGUUUAACAUUGCUGUUUAUUUAUGCAGUUAAUGCAGAUGAAUCGUCCAGUGUUAUUGCCAUCCAAGACCCAACUUUGUUAGUCUCGACUUUAAAUGGUACUUUAUAUGCUGUUAGUUUAAAGACUGGUGCUGUGAAAUGGAAAUUACAAGAAGAACCCAUACUGAAAUUAAAUUUAGGAGGUUCUCAAAAGAAAAUUUUUCCUGAUCCUCGAGAUGGCUCACUUUAUAUGUAUAUGUCCAGCCAUGCAACAAAUGACUUCAAAAAGUUAAGAUACACAAUAUCAGAAUUAAUAUAUCAUGCACCACUACGAUCUGAUGAUGGAAUUUUAUACACAGGGAAGAAAAUAGCAUCUUGGUUUGCAAUUGAUCCAAUUUCUGGAGAAAAGCUGGACACUGUGACCAGUGGAGGAUCUGACAAGAUUUGUCCUGCUGUUAAUAAAAAUGCUGUUUUUAUAGGACGAACAGAUUUUGAAUUGUCUAUGUAUGAUUUAAAUUAUGGUGUCCAAUCAUGGAAUGUUACAUACUCAGAUUAUGCAGCAAGCAGUUCUUCUAAAUUUAAUAGUGAAUAUGGUGUUGCUCAUUUUACAUCUUGUUCUAGUGGGAGGAUUUUGUCUGUUGAAAAAAGAAAUGGAAAUAUCUUGUGGUAUGGUGAUUAUGAAUCUCCUGUAGUUGGAUUAUACUUGCUAGAAAGAAAUGGGCUAAAAAAUGUUCCAUUCCAUAGUUUAUCUACUGAAACUCUUGAACACAUUUCACAAGCACAAACGUCUUCUCAGUGGGAACACCUUUUCUCCAAUUACAAAAAGGGAUCUCUUUUGCCUACUGUUUAUGUUGGACAUACUUUACAUGGCUUCUAUGCUAUAACCUCUCUAGUAGAUGAUAAGCAAUUAAUAAUUCCUAUGCACAUGAGAAAGCCACUUCUUUUGGAAGGGCCUAAUGCGACUGUAACCAUUCCACAUGACACUAUAACAGAGACUAUCGAAGAAUUUGUUCGUAAUAACCAUAGCAGAAUGAAUGGAAGAGUAGAUGACUUUUUGAUAGGGCAUUAUGAAAUACCAGACUAUGCAACUCCUGCCUUUUCCCCUUUGUUACAAAUAGCUGCAAUACCAGACCUUCCUUUUGCUCCUUCAAGACCAACAUACACCCCAAAAAUUAUUACUGAAAAAAUAAAUGACUCUAUUGUAUCAUAUUGUUUAAUUGAAGGAUUGAUGCCAUUCUUGGAGAAAUCUGAUUAUGGAAAGUCAAAGCAGGCAUUGCUUUCUGUUGAUGCUGAAACUUCAACUGACGACCUUUAUCAAAGAAAUAUAUUUUUAUCUUGGCCAUUUAUUCUGCUAUAUUUUCUACUUUUUGGAACUGUUUUGAGCAUAGUGGUAUACUUUUAUAUUCAGGCUGGGAAGACUUCAAGCUGCACAGAUUAUGUUUUAGGUUCUGAAGACCUAAUUCACGUGGGAAAAAUUACUUUUAAUCCAGUUAACAUACUUGGUCAUGGUUGUUAUGGAACAUUUGUAUACAAAGGAACAUUUGAAAAUAGAUCUGUUGCAGUGAAAAGAAUUUUACCUGAAUGUUUCAGUGUUGCUAAUCGGGAAGUGGAUAUGCUGCAAGAAUCAGAUGAGCAUCCUAAUGUCAUAAGAUAUUUUUGUAUGGAACAAGACAAACAGUUUCGAUACAUUGCUCUUGAACUGUGUGCUGCUACAGUCUGUGAUUAUGUUGAAGAUGAAAAUUUUGAUCGACUUAAUUUAGAUCCUAUUUCACUUUUAAAACAAGCAGCUUCUGGCCUUGCUCAUUUGCAUUCCUUAGAUAUUGUGCACAGAGAUAUUAAACCUCACAAUGUAUUGAUAUCCAUGCCAAAUGCAAAUGGUGAAGUUAAGGCUCUGAUUUCUGAUUUUGGAAUGUGUAAAAAGUUAGCUGAUGGCCGAAUAUCAUUGUCAACAAGAUCAGGAGCUGCUGGCACAGAAGGCUGGAUUGCUCCAGAAAUGUUAUCAGGAGAAAAACGAACUACCUGCUCUGUAGAUACCUUCUCUUUAGGAUUAGUGUUUUAUUAUGUUCUGAGUGAUGGAAAACAUCCAUUUGGAGAUUCUGUCAGAAGACAAGGGAAUAUUUUGAAUGGAGAAUAUUCUUUAAAUGAUUUAGAUGAGAAAAAAUACCCAGAAGCUUUUUACUUAAUUGAGCACAUGAUAAAAAACAAUGCUGCUGAAAGACCUGCCAUUUCUGCUAUACUAAAGCAUCCAUUUUUUUGGAACAAUGAAAAAACAUUGAGCUUUUUCCAAGAUACCAGUGAUCGUAUUGAAAAAGAGCCUGCUGAUAGUGACAUUGUGAAAACCUUGGAAAGAUUUAAUCAUUAUAUUGUUAAGCAAGAUUGGAGGGAACAUAUCACAGUUGAACUCCAAACUGAUUUGAGGAAGUUUCGAAGCUAUAGAGGAAAUUCAGUUCGUGAUUUACUACGUGCUAUGAGAAAUAAAAAACAUCAUUAUCGGGAACUUCCUUCAGAACUACAAGAAUCAUUAGGGGAAAUUCCAGAUAAAUUUGUAACUUAUUUCACUUCUCGUUUUCCUAAACUUUUGAUCCAUACUUAUCUCUCCAUGCAACAGUUGAAGAAAGAGAAUAUAUUUUCUAAAUAUUAUGAUUCAGAUGUUGAUUUACCGUUGUUAGAUCAAUAUAGCAAGAAAAUUCCUCUUCCCCUCUGGAAAAUCCAGAAAUUAAUGAAAGCUACAGAAAAUACUUCUCAGUCUGAACAAACUGUUCAGUCUAGUGAAAAACUUUUAGAGAAUGAAGUUAUUGCAGAAAUCAGCAUCGAAAAUGACAAUAUCUAUGAUUCUGAAGCACAACCGAGGAGCGGGAAAGGUUCAAACUUUUUGGACUUACAGGUCCCUUCUGACUUUGUUUCUGGUAAUGAAGAAGCAAACAUUACUGCUGACAGAAACCAAUUCUUUUGUUUAUUAAAUGACAAUAAUUUUAAAAGGUCACCUCGGAAUGACACAAAAAAGAAAAAACCGAAAAGGAAACAGAAGCAACCUGUAACUAUUGAGAAUUCAGUAUGUCAUGAGUCCUCAGAGAUAUAAAAGAAUUUAUCUUUCUUAUUUAUCAUGAUUAUUCUUAUUAAUUUCUUAAUUAUUGAAAGACUUGGGCAUGGUGCAACUUAUGUGUUUAUUUAUAUGUGACCAAGUGUUAAUUUUCGUGCAUGAUUUUCUAAUAAAUAAAAAUUGUUGAAGCCAUGGAUAGUGUAUAAAUUCUUCUGGAAGGAUCAAGUUUAAAAUCAAACAUGAAUCAUAUUUAAUCUGAAUGUCCUAAUAUUAGGAAAUACUGUUACAUAAUAAUAUUUACUAUUCAUUGGCUUUGUUACAACUUGUGUGUAAUCUGUGAUAAAAAAUAUUUGUAAAAGAGUAAUUUGUAACAACUAAUUUGUUGUUAUAACAAGUAAGUUAUUAUGUGGUAAUAUAGACUGCUUUUAAAAAUUGUGUCUGCUGUUUAAUUCAAAAGCAGUUUGGUAUACUAGUCUAUGUUUUGUUGAAAAUCUUGUUAUGAAUUUGUGAUUAUUUUGUUCAGAAUUGUCUUUUUCAUUUUAAAAAGAUUUUUUUUUUCAGCCUUUUUAAAAAAUCUGUAAGGAACUAGUAAUGUAUAAUAAUAUUUAAGUUUUUAAAUAUUUUCUUAUUGAUAUGUUAAAAUGACCCCAGUCUAAAUAUAUUCUGUUGGCUUCACUUUUAUCCAGAAUGCAUCCAAAUUUAUUGUGGCACAUAGUUAAUCCAAGUUUGUUAUCAGUUGCAUACUUAGAUUUGCAUUUCUAGGUCUCUGUCAAUCAUUUGCAAAUUUGUCUUAGUUCAAAUUCUAGACUUUUAUAAUAAUCAUCACAUUUCAUUUGCUGGCAUAAUUGCAUGAUCUCAGUGUAGAACUUUAGACUAUCUAAAAUAAUUUUAAACUGAAAGAAAGAAAAAAAAAAAAAAACUGUUUGGUUUUUUCACUUUGAGACCUGUAAAAAGAGCAUUUUUUAAUGCAGAAAUUCUUUUUAUGCUGUGAUAUACAUGAUACAAAGAUUUUUACCACCAAUUAUUUGUAGCAACCAUUAUGUCUAGCUUUAUGACCAUUAUGAAUGCAUAAAUACUGUAUUAUAUACAGUAUAAAUGUUUGAUAAGUCAUUGUGCAUAUUGUUUUUAUGUAUUAUGUUUCAAUUUUUGGGUUAUAUUUUUGAUUUUCAAACUGUUAUUAUCAUUUUUUUUCUGUGUUUUCCAUGUGUAUUUUUUAUUAUACAUACAUGUAUAUAAUAUGAUUUAUCAUUUUUCCAUUAAACAACUUUCAGAAUGAAACAUUUUUUUUCCCCCUUUAACAUAAAGAAGCUCAUAUUAUCAUUCUUUUUCUAAUGAAUUCCAGAAAUAUAAUAGCAUGUAUUUUAUGCAAGUAUGUAUGUAUUUCUGAUUUAACAAUGAAAGGAAAGUAUAUAUUAAAAAGAAUGUUGUUUUUGGCACUUAAUCUGCUAUAAAAUAUUAUACACUAUUUUUAUGUAUUAAAUAGU